UCAAGCAGUUAUUUCUCUGACGUGCAAUCAGCCAGGCAGUACGAACUCAACAUGAAAUGCUAUUUCAACGGAACUCUGCUGAUCAGCGUGCUCCCUCCACUGUUGGUGACAGAGUUUGUUUUGGGAGCUCUCGGAAAUGGUUUGGCUCUCUGGAUCUUCUGCUUCCACCUGAGGCCCUGGAAGAGCAGCACGGUGUUACUCUUCAACCUGGCCUUGGCUGAUUUUCUGCUCAACAUGGCUUUGCCUUUUCGUGCCAGCUACUACUUCUCUGAGAUCAAGUGGAUGUUUGGAGGCGCUCUCUGCAACAUCUGUCUCUUCAUGUUGGCCAUGAAUCGCAGUGGAAGUACAAUCUUCUUGAUGGCUAUCGCUGUGGACAGGUACAUGCGUGUGGUACAUCCCCAUCAUCCCAUCAACUCUCUGAGUAUCUCCAAAGCCAUAUGUGGAGCACUUGGCUUAUGGCUGCUCACCAUCUCAAUGACAGCUCAUGUCUUCACUCUGAAACACAACACAACCUACUGUGAGAGCUUCCUGAUCGAGACUGAACCCCAACGAAAUCUGACCUGGCAUAAGUUCGAGUUCAUCUUUUCCUUCUACAUCCCUCUGCUGGUGAUUCUCUACUGUACAUUCCAAAUUAUUGGCCACCUGCGAAGGAGACAGCUGUCCCAGCAUGCAAAGAUCAAGAAGGCUCUGUGUUUCAUUGCAGUUGUGGCGGUGCUCUACAUCAUUUGCUUCCUCCCGAGCAGUAUCAUGCAGCUGCUGAUUUGGAUCAGGACCCAACAAGUAGCCAGCACCCUUCCUGAAUCUGAAGUCUGCCCUGCUCUGGAAAACCUGACCACUUCGUUUUACAUCACCAUCAGCCUGACCUAUCUCAACAGCGUGUUGGACCCUGUGGUUUACUACUUCUCCAGCCCUGUCUUCAAGAACAUCUGCAGGAAAGCUCUUCAUCUGUCCCAAACAGACACUGCUGAAAGCACAGAGAAGAAAACUCGAGAAACAGGCUCCCAGUCUCUCAGUCAGCUGUGAUCACAAAAAUCAAGGAACUCAUUGAGACAUAUGCAGCCCGCAACGUGUUUCUUUGAAAGUUAUUAUGUAAGUGCUACAGGCAACAAGAUAUCCUUUUUUUACUUCUCUAUACAGCAGUUAACCAACAUACACUGACUGCACACUUUUUGUAUACUGACUGCACUUUUCAAAAUAUUUCUUUUGCAAAGUAGAUGCUCUUUUAAAAGAAUUUUGUCCUACAUAUACACACACCAGACUUCACCUCAACUGUAUAAUCUCACAAAUCUACAUAGUUUUGAUGGUGUGUUUUUUUUGUAGUUCAUUGCUUUAACCAGACAAUGUUUUCAUACUU